UUGGAGGGUGAGUCCUGUUUGAUGUGGCGGAGGGAAGAGGAGCUUGUUUUCAUCUACUUUACACAGACUUCAAAGAUUCUCAUCGCAAACGGUCUGAAGAGUGUUCAGGAAUAUAUCUUUUGGAAAACAGCUUAAAAUGAAAUAUUAUAAGCUAUUUCUCUUUCUUCUAUUAACGAUUGUGGAUGUCUCAACAAAUGCUCAAGAAGUUACAUGUGAGGGUGAACAACUCCUCAAUGUUGACGUUUUAAUGGGUCAUCCAGGUAUCGUUUCACCUUAUAAACCUGGACAUAUCUUAGUUUUCCGAUGCACAGAUGUGAACAUGAAGAUGUACGGCCAAAGGACAAUUGAAUGCCUGUCAAAUGGAAAAUGGGAUAACCCAUAUCCAAAAUGUGGAGGGAAAUGUGGGCCACCACCACUUGUGGACUUUGCAGAUACAAUAGAAAUUACAAAAAAUGAAUAUGAUUCAGGGGAGAGAGUUGAAUACACCUGCUUUAAUAAAUACACACUGGUUCAGAGUCACCCCUACUCCAAAUACUUGACCUGUGAACACGGAAAAUGGAGAGGGAAUAUUAAAUGCUUAAAGCCCUGUUCAGUGUCUCUGGAGUUAAUGGAUGAAAGAGGUAUAGAGCUGCGAUGGGCUGGACGGCGAAAGAUAUUCUCACCACAUGGAGAUAGAAUCACCUUUAUGUGUCAGAAAGGCAGAUCUUCAAUAGGUAGUGACCUAAGAUCAACAUGUAAUGAUGGAGUGAUGAAUUUGCCUCUGUGUGUGUGACAGUGAAUAAUUUUAGAAAAAAGAAAACAAACGCACUACCGUCUGAGGUGCCAGUCAGAAGAAAUGAAUUCAAAUGUGUAAAAAAAACACAGUGAAUAAAACAUCACUAAUGCAUCAGCUGUAUUAAAAAAAUAAAUAAAUAAAAC